GGUUGCUCACGCAUCUCUUUUGUUGCAAGAGGAACUGGAAACAAGAAACCAUCUUUAACCUCCUUUAAAACAAUGGGUUGACGGCAGGCUGGCUCACGAGGAAUGAAAUAACGACCCAAUCCCUCACCGAAACCACACCCACUCCUUCCUUCCUCACUUUCGAUUCUCUCUUGCCCGCUGCGGGCGGAGGUGAAGAGCUGCCGCUGUUUAGCUCUUAUUCUUCUGAGCGUACGUCGACCAUGUCCGACCCUGUCGUGUGCAGUUUCAUCACGAAGGUCCUGUGCGCCAGCGGGGGUCGUUUGGACUAUGGCUUACUCCCAGAACAGGUGGAGCUCCCCGAGCAACAGCUGCGGCAGAUCCUGGAGGAUGUGGGGCAGGAAAGAUUCUUGAUGCACAAACAAGGGAGCACCACUUGGGUCCUGGCAGUCUCCUCCAUUAGGGUGUGCGUUCGGAUGGAGUGUCAAGGGUGUGAUCACCUUCAUCUUUGCAAGCUCAACCUCGCGGGCAGAUGUAAAAGCAGGGCGUGUAAAUAUCAUCAUGACGUUUUCUCAGAGGCUAACCGAAAAAUCCUGAAGAAUCAUGAACUCUCUGGCCUCAAUGAGAAUGAACUGCAUGUUCUCCUUCUCCAAAAUGACCCUUUUCUCUUGCCUGAUGUAUGCAGUUUCUACAACAAAGGGGAUGGAAAUUGUGUCCAGCAAGAUAAUUGCACCAAGCUUCACAUUUGCCGGUAUUUUUUGAGAGGACAAUGUAGGUUUCCCCGAUGCAAGAGGUCUCACAACCUUUUGCAACCAAAUGCUCUGAAGCUGCUGCUUGAAGGAGGAGUGGACAAUAAAAUGGCCUGGAAUAUCCAGACAAUCUGUAAUCACAAAACUGCUGUACUGGCCAUGGAAUUAGGUCCUUGCAGGGGUUUUUCCUCAAGCACUAGACCUGCAGCAAGUGGAGAAAAAUCAAGUACUGGGAGUUGGAGAGAAAGCAGACCUGAGCAAGCUUAUGAUGUACCUAAUCUCAUGAACCUCAACCUAGGCCCUGGCCAAGGUAUAAAAGCAGCUCCUUCUUCUAAAUCUCACCAGAAUACAGAGAAGGAGAAAAGUGAUGAGAUAUGUCUUUACUAUGUCUGGCAGUUCUGCAAAAAUAAAAACAAUUGCAACAUGAUUCAUUACGAUCUACCUUAUCGGUGGCAGAUUUAUACUGGAAAUGGUUGGAAGGACUUGGCCAAAAGAGAGGAAAUAGAAAAAGCUUACUGUGACCCAAGUACUAUCUGUAUUUUGGAUCCAUACAUCAACUUUAAGAGCAUGACCUCUAACUUGUCCCCUGUUCGACGCCUGUGUACUCCAUCAUCUGUCACCAAACCUGCUAAAUUUGUAAUGACAACAAAGUGGCUUUGGUACUGGAAGAAUGACCUGGGCCAAUGGGUCGAAUAUGGGAAAGAGGAUGGGCAACUCCAGGGUUCUAUUUUAAAUUCUGAUGAUCUGGAGAAUUUAUUCCUAGUAGAUCCAAGUGGCAGCAUCCCAUUCACAGCAGGCUCCCAGCAAUAUGAGAUCAACUUUAAAGAUAUGACACAGAGAAACGUGCUCUAUCAAACCAAGAGAGAGAUCCAGAGGCGCCCCAAGUUUGUUUCCUCUGAAGAUGUAAAGACAAAGAAAGGCCACACGAACCAUGUUUCAGCAUCUACUCCAUCAACAACCUAUCCUAACAACUGGGAUAAAUCAGCACUACCUGCAGUUGGAUACAAGGCUGUUGAACUCAUCAAAAUGUCUCCUGAAUAUACUAAGAUUGAGAAUCUCUUUCAAAAGACAAUGAAAGAGUUUGUCAUCCAGAGAAUAACGAGAAUUCAGAAUCCAUCCCUCUGGCAAAUAUUCCAGUGGCAAAAAGAACAAAUGAAGAAGAAAAGUGGACAGGCCAUAGAUGAGAGACUCCUGUUCCAUGGGACUACUUCUUCUAGCUUAGAAGCCAUCUGUAAUGACAACUUUGAUUGGAGAAUCUGUGGGACCAAUGGGACAGUCUUUGGAAAAGGAAGCUACUUUGCCAGAGAUGCACAGUAUUCCAACAACUACUGUAAGCGUAAUGCAAAAGUGAAGACUAUGUUUGUGGCUCAGGUUCUGGUUGGCGAUUUUGUUAUAGGGAAUGCAACGUACACUCGUCCCCCAGCUAAAUCAGUUGACAUGGUCCACUGUUACGACAGCUGUGUGGAUAACCUAGUAGACCCAUCGAUUUUUGUCAUCUUUGAGAAGCAUCAAAUUUAUCCUGCAUAUUUAAUCUAUUACAGUGAAGAAGAAAAAAAAUGCGUGUUAUCAUAGACAACUGGAAAGCAUUAUAAUUGCAGUUAUGUCUAUAAUUUUAAGUGCUAAAGUCUUAUUUUGUAACAAAUCAGAUUUUAGGGAAGCAAUAGAUCUCUUCAAAUAACUAAGAAAUGUUGAAUCAUUGCUGUAGAGAAAGACAUGAAGCGGAUAUUUUGUUUUUAUCUAUAGCGGUAUUAAAAGACGUUGCAUGAAGAUUUUAGGGAAGCAAUAGAUCUCUUCAAAGAAAUGCUGAAUCAUUGCUGUUGAGGAAGAUAGGAAUUAGAUAGUAAAUUUUUAGCAGUGUUAAUGGACACGGCAUGAAGAAAAUAGAUAGCUGAACAAUUCAUUAUAGAAUUCAAAGUUGUGAAAAUGACAGCAUUUUACAUUAUGUAUCUUACUGAUUUCAUACGUUGAGUUAAAAUGCAAGUUAAGCAUUGCUUGAAUCGGUUAACUUUUAAAGUACGUUUUUUAUGGAUGGAUGUUUAAUACAUCAAAUGAGGUAGGACAAACUGAUACAAAUAUUUUCUGUCCUACUAGACGGAUUUUAAUCUGCGUUGUACCAAAGAUAUAUUCUGAAUGGUUGUAUCAAAAUAUACUGCUGUUCACUCUGGCACAGAACAACUUUCUGUCAAGCAUAAGACUUGGCUGGUUGUGAUAUUCUCCGUUUCGUUGGCCUAGCAAGUGCUGCGAAAAUUAAUCGGCAAUGUCAGAACGAUGGCAAAAGUUCUCUUUUCUGUUUUAGCUUGAUGUGACACAAUGAUGUGUCUAUGCAUAAUUCAACAUGAAACACAGUUUUCUGGUAAUUAUCAGAGCAGAUGAUUUUUGGCAUGAAACAACAUUUUGUCCAAAGACAACUUGGCUUCACUAAGCAACCCUGGUCGAAUGUAUAAUAAGACUAUUCUCGGUUUUCAAUUUUAAUAAAAUCAUUUGAAAUUAUAA